AUGUCGGUUAACAUUCCACUUGUAGUCGCACUUGCUGUAAUGGCUGCAGCUUUAGCCAUUACGCUUGUACCUUCAACACCACCCAGUGAUCAGAAAUGGGGUGAAACAGUACGUUGCCACCGUUCAGGUCCUGAAAAAAUGACAAAGUUACAUUUUUACUUCCACGAUAUCGUCACAGGCGAUAAUCCGACAGCUAUUCCGAUUGCAAGAGCGCCGGUUACAAAUUCUUCACCGACAGCCUUCGGGUUAUCAUACAUGAUGGAUGAUCCGUUAACCGAAACAGCAGACCCGAACUCUAAACUCUUGGGUAGAGCUCAGGGUUUAUUUGGAAGUUCUUCUGCACAUGAUGAGAUAUCUCUAAUCAUGGGAAUAUAUAAGUAUUGUUUUUACUGCGGAAGACAGUUUUAA